CAAUGUAGUAAUUGUCAAGCAACGUCUACUCCACUGUGGAGGAGAUCAGCAAAGGAUGAAUUACUUUGUAAUGCUUGUGGUCUAUACCAUCGUAGUGAUGAUGGUAGUAGCAGAAACAACGAGCGCGUGGACAAGAUGAGUGAAAGCUCGUGCCAUCCAACGACACGGGGGACGACCCAUUACCGCCCGCCGAAUAUGCAAUGCUCAAAUUGCGGUACAUGCACGACUCCGUUAUGGAGAAGAGACACGGAUGGAUCUUCUUUAUGUAAUGCAUGUGGAUUAUACUUAAAGUUACAUAAUGAAAAAAGACCCUUGUCCAUGAAGACGGAUCAUUUCAAGAAAAGACAACGU